CGCCACAAAACACAAGUUUUCCUUUUGAAGCGGAGCAGCUGAAGCGGAAAGACGUUAGCUAGAGACUUCAUUUACCUUUUUAAUACUAUACUACAACUAGAAGAACAUGGCUGACGAAACUGUUACCCAAAAACCAGAACAAACCGAGGCUGCUCCUGAGAAAGAAAAGGAAACCGAAACCAAAAAGACAGAAGAAACAAAAGAAAGUACAGAAACAGAAACAAAAGAAGCAGAAUCGACUACCGAAGAAAAUACUGAAGAGAAAACAGAAGAUAACCCUGUGAACGGUGAUGUCAAAGAAGAUGAAGAAAAAGAUGAUACUUUAAAACGCAAAGAAUCCCCUACAGAAACCGAAGAAGACACGUUAAAGAAAAAGAAAUUAGAUACGGAGGAAACAGACACAGCCAAAGCUGCAGUUCAAGAAGCAGAGGCAUAAAAUCACAGUUUUUUUAAUUUGCAAUGUAAAUAUACAUCCAUCAAACACCGUGCCAGGUUGCGGGACAAGUUAACUGCAGACCAGAGGAUUUACAGAUGCUGUUUUAUUCGCCAACGUUUAAUGUAUAUACUGUUUCAUGUUUGUUUGUACAAUUUUUCUCAAUUGAUCAAAAUUGUUUCGUUUAUUCAAACAAGUAAAUUUACAGAAGAGCAUUUUAUGUUCGUGUAGUUGUUAAAACAGUAUUUAUUAAACAUGCAAAUACAGUUGUAUUACAAUUCA